CGCCUCCUUCGGUUUGGGGCUAAUUAUAAAGUGGCUGUGUCCGCUGCCAGCCUCCGGACGGCGAGGCAGACGCUCAGAGCCCCGCAGCCCAGCGACACCGAGGACCGCGACGAGUGGCGUCUGGGACCCGCGCCUCCAGGAGCCUGCUCCGUCUGAACAGUGGCAGCCCCAUGGCGCGAUUCCUGAGACUUUGCACCUGGCUGCUGGCGCUUGGGUCCUGCCUCCUGGCUACAGUGCAGGCAGAUUGCAGCCAGGACUGCGCCAAGUGCAGCUACCGCCUAGUACGCCCCGGAGACAUCAACUUCCUGGCUUGCACACUGGAAUGUGAAGGACAACUGCCUUCUCUCAAAAUCUGGGAGACCUGCAAGGAUCUCCUGCAGGUGUUCAAGCCUGAGUUCCCUUGGGAUAGCAUCGACAUGUUCAAAGACAGCGGCAAACAGGAUGAGGGCCACUUGCUAGCCAAGAAGUACGGAGGGUUCAUGAAAAGGUAUGGGGGCUUCAUGAAGAAGAUGGAUGAGCUUUAUCCUGUGGAGCCAGAAGAAGAAGCCAAUGGAGGGGAGAUCCUUGCCAAGAGGUAUGGCGGCUUCAUGAAGAAGGAUGCAGAUGAGGGUGACACCCUGGCCAACUCCUCCGACCUGCUGAAAGAGCUCCUGGGAACAGGAGACAACCGUGCCAGAGAGAGCCACCACCAGGAGAGCACCGACAGGGAGGACGACAGUGUGAGCAAGAGGUAUGGGGGCUUCAUGAGAGGCCUCAAAAGAAGCCCCCCGCUGGAAGAUGAAGCAAAAGAGCUGCAGAAGCGCUAUGGGGGCUUCAUGAGGAGGGUGGGCCGCCCAGAGUGGUGGGCGGACUACCAGAAGAGGUACGGGGGCUUCCUGAAGCGCUUUGCUGAGUCUCUGCCCUCCGAUGAAGAAGGUGAAAGUUACUCUAAAGAAGUUCCUGAAAUGGAAAAAAGAUAUGGGGGAUUUAUGCGAUUUUAAAGCCCUUUCCCAACAGUGACCCCAGGCACCCACCGGCCCGCUCCAUCCCCAGUCAGCAGCUGCCUCGUCAGUGGUGUUUGUUG